AUGCACACAUUUUUCGUGCUUGUGUUAAUAAAUACGUUUACUUUAUCACAAUUACUGGAUAUUAUUCUUACUGUGGAUAAUGCGGACGAUUUCACUGAUAAUUUCUACAUGUUACUUGCAAUGAUUGUAUCUUGUUGUAAAAUGCUCAGUAUGUUGGUAAAUCGCAAAAAUAUUGCUUUAUUAACAAACAUUCUAAAGGAAAGACCGUGUAGACCAUUGGAACCAGAAGAAAUAGAAAUUCACAACAAAUUUGAUAAAGGCGUACAGUAA